CCCCUGCACCUGUCUACUGCAGGUGUUAUGUCAGCCUUGCUGGUUUCUCCAGUUGGGUUCAUGGAUUUAUCUUUUCUCAGGAUUCGUGUGUUUAAGUGUCAAAAGCCUGCCACAGCUGGUCUACGGAUCUACCAGAAAGAGAUAUCCUGAUACUCUGUGGAAAGAUGAUGGCGCCUGCUUCCAAGAAAACCAUGUGCCUGGCAACUACAGCUGCUUUCGGCCUUGUCUGCUCUGGUUUUGUAUUCCUCCUGUAUUUUGAGCCUCCGUCUCCUGUUUGCCCAUCUACAUUAACCAAUGUGAAAGAUUAUGAAAAGCCCAUAGUCCUGCUGUGGUUCUGGCCUCUCGGUGUGAAGUUUGAUUUAAAAGGUUGCUUAACCCACUUCAACAUUGAUAGCUGUGUUCUGACGGAUGACAGAACGCUGUACAGCCAAGCAAAGGGAGUCAUUUUCUUCCAUAGAGACAUAGCCGGUGAUCUGAAAAACAUGCCGCAGGAGCCACGUCCAGCUUUUCAGAAGUGGAUUUGGUACCAUGUGGAAUCCCCAACGAACACGGGUAGGAUACCGGGUCUGGAAAACCUGUUCAACUUAACACUGAGCUACAGAAGAGAUGCUGACAUUACGGCGAGAAACGAGCUUACAAUCAGGAAGACAGACAUGAAAGAGGACUUUGUUCUGCCCAAGAAAGACAAACUAGUGUGCUGGAUUGUCAGUAACAACAACCCAGCCACAGGAACAGCUGUGAGAGAAAGCUAUUACAAGGAACUGUCCAAACACAUUAAGGUCGAACUCUUUGGUUCAGCCUAUGCAGGGCGCCGUUUGAGUUAUGAGGAGUAUUACGCAACCAUUGCCAGCUGUAAGUUUUACCUCUCAUUUGAGAACUCGCUCCACAGAGACUACAUCACGGAGAAGGUCAACGGGCCCCUCGUGGCGGGGACGGUUCCUGUAGUUUUGGGUCCGCCGAGAGAAAACUACGAGGAGUUCCUUCCCCCCGCCCGACGCGCCUUCAUUCACAUAAAUGAUUUCCCCGACGCAAAGUCGCUGGCUAAGUUUCUGCUGGACAUGACGGACGCGGCGUACACGCGUUACUUUGAGUGGAGGAAGUUCUACGAGGCCACCCCUCACCUCCUGUCAAUGUACAACGAAUUCAUUCAGCCCAUCUGCCUCGCCUGCGACCACAUGUCAAGAGACGUGUAUUACCAUGUAGAUCAUGACCUGUAUAAGUGGUACUUGAAAUGAGAAACGUCAACCAGAAGGCCCCCCUUUCCAUAGUGUUGUGGAAGUUUCUUUUUGCAGCAGCAGUGGAUUUAGAAAGUUAAAGAGUGAAGCAAACUAAACCAAGGUAGGUUUUUGUAUUUUAUUAUAAACCUGCAAGAAUAUAGCAGUAACACAAUUUCACAAAAGGCACAGCAGCCCAGUGUGGAAAAUGUCUCUUCAACGAGUGAACAGGAACACUGAGCUUAAAUACAUCUUCAGAGUGACCGCACACACGCACUUGGGUUAACAUGACUCUGCAUUGCUCACAGGCAAUGUGAUACACAGAAAGACCAUCUAAAACACAGGACACAUCUCUGAGCCAUUUCGCUUCCUCCCCCCUGUACAACUUUCACCCCCCGGUUACAUCUCAACUGGCAUGGGAGAACUGAAUCUGCACAGGGAGACAGUUUACUGUGACCUUGUACCUUUAUCGGUUCAGACAAACAGUGCUCACAUUAUGUUCCAGACUUUCUGAUUCUCUCUUAGUUUAGUGAGAAUCAGAAUCUACAUGUGGGAAUGAGAUAAACUCCCUUAGUGAGAGAAACUAAGAAAGAAAUGAGACAAAAAUAUAAAUAAUCAUGCUUAAAUGUAAUUUUGCCAUUACAACAGUGGCUCAUUAAUGCACAGAUUUAAACACAAGCUACUUGAAUAUUCUGGCAUUAUUUGGCACAUGUUAAACACUGUAUUCUGUUUAAAGUGGUUGAUGGUGGUGAUAAACUGGCUGAAAUAACCCGGGAAAUGGUUUGUACAUUUUGUGAGUUUAUUUUCUCUCUAUCGCCAGCAGAUGGUUAGCAUAGCUUAGCAUAAACAGCUGGCCUGGCUAUAAAUUGUAGCCCAAAUAGUCAAGCACAUAACCCUGGUUUUACACUUCUGUUUAACCCCCUGAGGUCUAAGGGCAUCACAUACCUUUUUUAAAUUAACCUUUUUUAAGGUAUUUGCAUAUAACUGAUCCCCAUGUGUUUCAUAUCAAAAUGUUCAGAACAAAGUCAGCUUUUUGUACAGGGACGGACAAUGUUUUCUAGAGCAAUGUGUUAAAGGUGCUGUCUAUAUGCUGAAACUGACCCUAUGUUCCAGUAGAACUACAUGAAGCAGGUAAUUAAAGAAAUUACCCCACCGC